AUGAGUGCAAUGGAUAUUGAUGUCGAUGUCUCGACCGUGUUAGCCACGUUAAAGGAAGAAGCAGAUGCAGAUUUGGUGCAUGUGUUCUACUCGCUCGAGGAUUUGUAUGAGAGGAAGCUGUGGUUCCAGCUUACUCAGUGUCUUUCGGACGAAUUCUUUGCCAAUCCUUUAUCACAGCCAAUUCGCUUGAGACUAUACGAGAAUUUCGUGUUGAAGUUCUAUAACAAGAUCGACGGAUUGAAGUUGAUUGAGUUCUUGCUGUUUUCGCUAGACGGUAUAUCUCCCGCUGAGUCCCUAGAGUAUUUACUAUCUCUGGAGAAGCUUUUGGAGAAAGACUCAAAAUCUGCGCAUGAAGAGGGUGAGCAAGAGAUCCAGAAGGUUCAAGAGUCAAUUUUGCUGCAAUCUGAGAUUGCUAGAGUUAAACUAGAGCUUGGCCAACUGGACGAGUCAAUAGCUAUAAUUGACAAAUGUUCCUCCAAAAUUGACAAAUUGAACUCUGUUGAUGGAAAGAUCAACGCGAGUUACUACAGAACAUUGGCCCAGUUGAACAAGAUCCAGUCAGAUUACAACAGCUUCUACCGUAACUCGCUGUUAUUUCUGGCCUGUAUUGAUGACAUUUCAACUCUGCCUAACAAGGAAAGCAUAGUGUGGGAAAUCUCUAUAUCGGCCCUUCUGGGGGACAAAAUCUACAACUUUGGAGAGAUCAUCAUGCAUGACAUCUUUGCAGAGCUUCCUUCUUCCAAGGCCUGGCUGUCGCAAUUGUUGACCACCCUCAACGCUGGAGACUUGACCAGUUUUAACAAGGCUGUGGAUCAAUACAGUGCUCAGAUCAAGAAUGAUUCGGCAGUUGUAUAUGAGAGUUUGAACUUUUUGAGACAGAAGAUUUGCAUCACUGCGUUGAUCGAGCUGGUGUUCUCGAAGCCUACCAAUGGAAAGGUGCUGAACUUCCAGGAGAUUUUGAACUACAUCACAAUUCUGAACAGUUUUGACGAGGUCGAACACUUGAUCAUGAAAUGUUUGAGUUUGGGACUUAUCAAGGGUUCCAUUAAUCAGAUCAAGAGUCAGGUGGAAAUCAACUGGGUCCAGCCUAGAACCAUGAGCAAGAAGCAGAUUGCCACUAUGAGUGACAAGUUGGUUAGUUGGAAUGGACAGGUGAAUGGUUUGGUGACAUACAUGAAUGACAAGGGGAAGGAGUUGUGGGUUUGA